UAAAUAAACGAAAGUUCGUUUAAUGGGAAAACGAAUUCAAGUUUUCCUUUUUUUUUGUUUACUGGUCUAUAUGAAUGCGUUGCAGCAAGAGACCCAGAGAAGAUUUUGAGUUUAUACAAGUUGCCUCCGACCUAACCCACCUAAACACAUCUACAAGGAUUUAAUGAUGUUCAACUAGAAUUUGGUAGUUGAUCUGAUUGGUGUGGUUGACAGAUCUUCUCUUCUUGUAGAAAGAAAACCCAUUUCUUAGUUACAGUUAGAAACAGAACCAGUUCAAAGGGAUUCUGGCGGUGUCUAGAUGGAGGACUACAUUGUGAACUUGAUUCUUGUGUCAAUUGUUUCAUGGGCUUCACUUUUCUUACUAGUAAGAAAGAUUUUCCCUAAUCGCUCGUUUGAUUUCUGCAACCGCAUUGUUUCUACAAUCCACGCCUCUUCGGCUGUCACUUUGGCCUCUCUCUCUGUGGAAGAUUGGAGGGACCCAGUUCCUCUGGCUCCAAAGUCGUCUACUUCUCAGAUGAAGGCGUUGGCAGUGAGCGUUGGUUACCUCAUCUACGAUCUCGUGUGUUGCCUUUUCGACAACCAUGUCAACCUUGACAAUUCAAUCCAUCAUCUGGUUAGCAUUGUUGGUCUUGGAUCGGGCCUUGCUCAUCAAGUUUGUGGAUCCGAGAUGGUUGCAGCAUUGUGGAUAACAGAGAUCUCCAGCCCUUUCCUCCACAUGAGGGAGCUUCUGAAAGAACUAGGAUACAGGGACACUGACCUUAAUUUGGCAGCAGAUAUCUGUUUUGCACUCAUCUUCACAUUUGCAAGGAUGAUUGGUGGACCAUAUCUCACUUGUGUGACACUUUCUGCUGACUACCCACUACUUAUAAAGGCAAUGGCUUUGGGAUUGCAGUUAGUGAGUACUUUCUGGUUCUACAAGAUUGCUAGGAUGGUGAAAUACAAACUGAUUAAAAGGAGUGCAUCUAAGAAAGUGGCAUAAAGAUCUACAAGCACAAGGAGACUUCUAAAUGUAAACGGGUUUUUCAUAUACAUUUAAUUGGAAAAUAUUUAAAAUAAAAUCAUUUCAUCUAGCAGCUUAUCUUUA